GAAAGGAAUUAGCGUUGCCAAAGGAGCGAUCGAUCAGGCUCCACAGACGCUGCCCAGCCCGCAGUUUCCUUCCUUGUGCCCAGCCCCAUGGUCACUGCCAUCCAUCGAUCGACACGUUGCGGGUGUUGGGGCCGGCACACCCGGGGCCGCGUCGUCGCUUUCCAUCGCUGGCUCGCAGCUGCUCUUAAACCGCUCCACGAGCGUGGCCGUUCUGCCCCGCCAUUGCUCUCCUCUCUCCAGCUCGAACCCGUCAAGCUAGCAAGCAAUCGGAGCAGUGAGGACAUGGACGGCAAGAAGAUCCCAGGUUCUGUCAGGCUGGCCUGCGGAUGGGCGCUCCUCAACGCCUGCGCCAUCGCCUUGGGCCACUACCAACUCCCCUGCCAGGCCACGUCCGUUCUGCGGUACCGGUGCGAUGAGUUGACGGACACCAAGGCCGCCUACUUCAGCGCCCUCUGGAUCACAACUCUGUGCUGCGCUGGAUCCCAGGCAACCGCGGCGGCGCUGUUGCUGCUGCUCCCACGCCGCCCCCGCUGUGUACACCGUGUACUGGCCUACGCCUACCUCACGGUCGCGGUCGCCUGCGGCGCCGGCCACUGCAUGUACAACGGCGCCAUCCUCAUCCUCCGCCCUGCAGGAGUCUACUUCGCCGUCGUCAGGAUCCUGUUCAUGGUGGGCGACAUCAUCUGGACCACAGCUCUCUGCCUGGAAGGUAAUUCAGUGUGCCCGAGAUGCCGGAAUGAGGCGGGUCAUCUUCGAAACUGAUGCUACAAAUUUAAAGGAUGGCCUGUGUAGCAAGCAAUGCAUAUGAUCUCUCACAGCAAGGUACUAUCUUUAGGGAGGCCAAGUAUAUGCUGUUUACUGGUUUGAUCGAGUACAAAGUUGUAUCCCGUGUCCAAGAAUGUAAUCGUGUUGCUCAUACAUUAGCGGGUCAUGGUGCGUCUAUGGAACCUGAUGCUCAUUUGUUGUGGCAUGGUACGGUUCUAGACUUUGUAAUCUCUGAUGUAGCCAGAGAGUAUGCACGCACUAUGCUGCGAGGAGAGGACAGAUCGAGUGCCGUAUGUGUGUGUGAAUCUACUAGUGUCCGAUUUAUGUUCAUGAAUCAGCUCAUAUGUUGUUUCUCGUGUU